CAAUGAUAUCAUAACUACCGUAAACUAUUUGGUACAGGGAGUAACUAGAACGCAACGCUGCACUGUGGCAAAAGAUACCAUUAUAAACUUCCGCAACUAAUCCUCUCUUUGUUCUUACAAGUUGUUCAUCCGUACCAAUUCAAUAUGAUGAACCAUUACAUACAAAGGAAGGAUAUGAAUAUUAAGCCGGCAAUGUGGAGGCUACUAGCGUUCACCCUCCUUGUAUAUAUGACUGUGCUUACCGCCGCUUACCCACAAGCAUGCACAGAUUGCAAUCCUCCGCCUCCGGGUCCGACCCGUCCUGGUCCAAUUGAUCCUAUUAUUUCCAGAAUUACGGAACUUCUCACGAGGAUCGCUAAUCUACUACGAAAUCCUGCGUGACGGGCUGGUCAUCGGCUACCUAGCUUGAAAAAAAAAGUGGUGAUUUUUCGGGAGUUGAACGCUGCAAUUGAUGGUCAGCUGCUAUGAAAGCAUAAAUUGCGAUGUAUUUCAGAGGCAAAAAAGUUUUAGUUUUUCCGCUAUCACUAAUAGGUUAUUGUUCUUGAAAUCCAUAACCUCGUAAAGGAGGCAGAGCUAUCUAAGGUUUUUGAAUUUCUGUUACUUCCUUCCAGCGCUAGACUGGCGUUUGGCCAGGUUAGGUUAGGU